AUGGGCGCCCAAACGACGAUUGGAGUGUUGGAAUUCACCAAAUCUACUUUCGCAAGAGCAGAGGAAGCUCAGGAUCAGAUACGGGCGACUGGAGUGGCUUCAUUCGACUACCUGUGGACAAUAUUUGAGCCUGGGCAGAUCAUUUACGAAAAGCGGCGUGUAACAGAUAAUAGCUGGCUUUACGAGCAAUUUCUCAAGGUCAAGAACCUUGAGUUUGAGUACAGUGAGUUGAACAAGGCUGUCGGGAUCUCCUUGUUGGUUGAGAAGAUUGUUCAUCAGCAAGCACCACAAGCCGGCACUUAUCUUGUUACGAGCCAACGACAAAUCAGAUACUUCACUGAUUUGAAACCGUUAACAUCAGAGACAAUUGGAUUCACUCCGCUAGAUAUGAUACAAGAGCCUGAGCGAGGGAUCCUGCGGGCCAAGUUUAUCGACCUCGGCCGUCGUUACUUGCAUCUCAGCUCUCAACCCUUCACAGUGUGA